AGAGAGAGAGAGAGAGAAGCAAGUAAUUUAAAAAACUUUUCUUUACUAUCACAUUAUCUUAAUAUAAUUUAACAUCAUUCUGAUCAUCAUUUAAUCAGUGUACUUCAAAUCAACAAUUAACUCUAUCUUCUCCCCAUCUACGAUUGUGUUUCCCAUAGUAAAUGAACAUUAAUCAUCAACACAAUUGAACAACAUAAUUCAACAACAUUAUUCUUUGUUUUCGUCUCAACCAUUUUUGUUUAACCUUCUCACUUGUUGAACAUCACCAGUUUUUAUAUUGUGAUCACUGUUUUUUUUUGGAGGACCAACAACUGCACCAACAACCAACAACCAACAUCAACAUCACACACUAUCAUUUACCUUAACUUUUUAUGUGUUACCAGCGAAGGUUUCUUGUUCCUCUCUUUGCCUACCUUUUUUUUCCUUCUUACAUUAAUUGGUUUUGAUGUAUUUUGUUGUUUUUUGCUUCUCAUUCUUCUAAUUUUGGAUUUGCCUUUUUCCCUCUCUUAUCCACAUUUCUCUCUCCCUUCUCCUUUUCUUCCUUUCUUUCCUUUUCUCUAUCAACUUUCUUUUAUAUAAUUUCCUCUUCUUUUUCUUCAUUUUCAUCACCAACAUCACCAUCAUCAUCUUUAAUAACAUCACCUGUUAUAACGUUCAACUUAAUAUAUCUCAAUUAUCAAAUAGUUUUUCAUUGUUGUCGUUCAAAUAAGUAUGGGCCCGUUAAUCAAACAAAAUCAACAGACUAAAGGAUUUAUCAAUGAGGAUAAUUUCCCUGUGAACAUUGUAAUCUGCCAAGAGCCACUUGAAUCAGUAUACCAAGUUGACCCUCGACCAUUUGCAAGAGGCAAGUUUGCACAAGUGAAAAGAUGUCUCCAUAGGCAAACAGGCAUUGAAUAUGCUGGUAAAUCAAUCAAGAAGCGUCGACGAUCAACCGAUGUUCGCCAUGAAAUAAUGCACGAAAUUGGCGUCCUUUUGUUAUCCCAAAACAACAAUGGAAUUGUACGAUUACAUGAAGUUUACGAGACUCCAACGGAAUUCAUAUUAAUAUUAGAAAUGGUAAAAGGUGGUGAAUUACAAAGAGUCUUGGAUGAAGAAGACACCGUUCCAGAGAAAGAUGUUAUCCGACUUUUACGUCAAAUUUUGAAAGCUUUACAAUUUUUACACAGCAAUAACAUCGCCCAUCUCGACAUCAAGCCUCAAAAUCUGUUGUUAACGGGUCCUUUACCUGAUGGGGAAGUUAAAUUGUGUGAUUUUGGUAUUUCAAGAUUAAUCACUGAAGGAGUUGAACUGCGAGAAAUUGUUGGUACACCUGAUUAUGUCGCACCUGAAAUAUUGCAUUAUGAAGCUAUCAGAUUGGAAACCGAUAUGUGGAGCAUCGGAGUUUUGACCUACGUCCUUCUCACUGGUUACAGUCCAUUUUCAGGAGACACCAAACAAGAAACCUAUUCAAACAUAACCAACAGUAAACUCGAGUUUGGACCAGAGUUUGAAGGAAUAUCUGAGAAUGCCAUUGACUUUAUUAAAAGUUUACUCGUUAAAGAUCCAAAGAAACGACCCACUGCCAAAGAGUGUUUACAACAUGUUUGGUUAAAGGAAGAUGUCGAUGAUCUGGUUGGGGUUAAUGGAAAUUCAAAUAACGGUUCAUUCGAGGUUUUACCCAAAGUAGUCAUUGAAAGUAAUAAAGAGAAUCAAUCAAUGGAAGAUGACAUUAAUAAUUACAUUCACAUCAAUGGAAACAACAAUGUUAACGAUGUUAAAGUGAAAGACAAAAAUCGAGACUAUUUUAUCCUUAAGAUGACCUCCCAUUCAAAUUCAAGUGAAAGUAAAUCGGUUCCAAAUACUCCGUCCUGUAAACGAUUUAUGAUCAGUGAGGAAUCAUCAACAUUGGUCAGAUCGGCGUCAACUGAACGGAGAAACCAUUCAACCAGUUCAGAAAAGUCUUCAACCUCUUCAACCAUAUUGUUUGAAUCCAAUUCAUCAAUUACCUCAUUUUCAUCAUCAACAGCAAGCUACGAGUCACCAUAUCAUUUAGUCUUCCGAGAAGAUAUCAGAGAUGAAAGGGUCAGCUUUAUUUAUUGAGAAACAAACCAUUAAAAUAUUAUAUAAAUAAUAACACACCAAACACACAAAAAACAAGACCUCUGCACAGCUAUAAAGGUAUAGCCAUGAAGAUGAAUUAUUUCAACAGAUAAUCUUGAUGUGUUAUCCUGAAAUUUGGCAAAGGACAAAGUGAAACAAGAUCUCUACAUAAUAAAUAAACUAAACUGGGAAAAGUUUGCAUUGUAAAAAUACCGUAACUACUUUUCAUCUCUUCUUUCGAGUUAUUAUUUCACCAUUAUUAUAUAUCUUUGCACCUUUUCACAUUUACCUUAAAUUUUGAAAUUGUGAUAAAACACACAAUUUUUUUCCUUCUUUUCCUUCCUUUGUGCGUACAUUUUUUUUCCUGCUUUCAAUGGAUUGACCAUUAAAUAGUAGCAACUACCAACUGAAAUCAUCAUCAACUUGGCCCUAUGCAAACAAAAUAAAAACAAACAUAAAGUUAUUCCUUAA